AUGGAAAUCAAGAAAUCCUAUGAAUUACAGUUAGAUCUAAAAGAAGUCACAGGACUUCCACAUGGACUCACUUGCUGCAGAGUCAAUAUAGAAAACUAUGAAAAUAUUUUAGACGGGCUCAAGCCUUUAAUUAUUACUCUAGAUACCAUAUCAAAUCUCACAAAGCUUUCAAUAACGUUGCUGUAUAGAAACAACGCAAUUGGAGGCUGCCAAAUGUCUUUGGUAACUUUAUUCGGUGAAAAAUUGCAAGGAAAAAUCGAUAAAUGGAUAAAAAUCAAUCAAGAACAAGUCAAGGACGUCAAAAUCAAACUUUCAGCAAAUUUAAAAAUCAAAGAAGUCGAGGUAACUCCUAUGAAAUCUCAAAAAAAUAAAGAGCCAGGAGAGUUUGACUCAAAAUGUGCUUAUUUAUGCGCAUUAGUAGAUAAUAAAGCUGAAAGCCAAGGCGAUAUUCAGAAAAUAAAAAUUGAUAGGGAAUACCCUAUUGAUGAAAGAGAAAAUGAAUUGAUUAGAAUUACACUAGACUCCGAGCCACAAAACAGAUUUGUAGCUGAACAAAGCUUGUCACUCUAUCCCGGCUUAGAAGAGCUGAAUCUUGAAAAAUUAAUUGAAAGUGGGCCUACUCAAAUGCGAAAAUUAAUAAAAAUUUUGGGUGAAGAAAUAAGGUCUAAGCAUGCCACUUCGCUGGAUUUACCAUAUGUUGUAAAUAAACUAAACACAAAAAUAAAUGAACGAAAAGAGCUGGAAGAUCAAACUCAAUCAGCAGUAAAUACGUUAUCAGGAAAUUUAGAAGGAAAAAGUGCAAAAUUAAAAGAAAUCCAAUUGCAGAGAGAAAUAAUUGCAAAGGAAUUGUUAGAAGAAAUUGAAAAAAUAAGGAAAUCUGAAUGGGAAAUAGAAGAUUUCAUUAAAGAUGUAGAAGAAAUUAAAAGGCAGAAUUUGGCAAUCCAAGCUGAAAAUGUAAGAAAUAAAGACUUUGGUAAAACAGUAAAAUCAUUACAAGGACUUGUAAGUAGCUAUAAGCAACGGAAUGAGGAACUCAAAGAAAAAUCUGAGAAAUCUUCAGCAAACAUGCAAACAAUAAUCGAAAAUUCACAAAAGCAAAAAAAUUCCCUCAGCCAUGACAUCGAAAUUGCAAAACAAGAGCUUUCUGAUACAAAUUCUCAAACAAAAUCAAUUUUAUUACAAAAUGAGCAGCUGGAAAAGCGCAUUGCAGAGCUUAAGCAGCAAAUGUCAGGCGAUAGAAACCUAAAGCAGUAUCUUCAAGACUCAUCAGCCAUUUCUUCUUCAAAGUCAUCUAUUCGAGAACAAGCUCAAAGAGACCUUUAUCAGUUUUCUUCCAGCAUAAAUUCUGAAGCUGACCAUUAUAAACAAAAACAAAAAAAUCUUUUCGCAUCAAAAAAAAGUGCAGCACAGUCUCUCCAUACUGCUGAACAAGAAAUUGGGUUGAGAGAAAUCCAGAUAAUUGAGCUACAGAAAAAUAAAUAUAUGUCGACCAAUAAGCAGAUUGUAAUGGAACAAGUUUGCUGCAUUAGAGCAGAUUUAGGAGUUAUGACUGAAGAAGUCUCAAAACUGCAAAAAAAUAUAUGCAAUUUUAAUAAAUCUGUAUUUUUUAUUAAAAAAAUAAUAAAAAAUAUCACAAAUUGUCGUAAUGAAAUAUAAAUUAUAUAAAAGGGUCACUUUUUAGAGAACUAGAAAACGGCUCUCAAUAUGCAGCUACAGAAAGCAAAAAUAUCCUAGAAGAAGCUAACAAUUUAGAAUCAAUGAUAGACUCCAUUGAUGAAAAAGAUAUUGAAAUUGGCAGCCUAAAAGCAACAAUGGGAGACGUUAAAAAAAGAAACCCAAUUUAUGUCCCUGAAAAAGACGAUCCAAUUGAUAUUGCCUUAAGCGAGUUUUUAAACACAAUGGUUGAUGUCAUACCUGUGCCAUUUACUCGUGAAGAUGAAGGGAUUUAUUUAUUUGGAACAAAAAGAAUUUUCUUGAAGCUUGAACAAGGGCAGAUCGUUAUAAGGGUAGGAGGAGGGUUUAUGGGGAUUGACGAGUUCAUUGAAAUCUAUACUCCAUUGGAGCUAGAAAAGCAAGAAUCUGUGCUUACAGAAGCAGGCCCUGCUUUUACGAAGUCUUUGUCUAGGUUUUUAAGUGCCCCAGAUAUCGGGAUGUCGCCUCAAAGGGCGUCUCGAAUUAUAAAAGGAACGGUAGAAGCUAUAUCUUCAGGCUCUCCUCUUAAGCCUAUCGCUUCUCCAUUAAGAAAAGUCAGGCCAAUUCUAGAAAAAGCACGUUCAUAA